AUGAGGGUGCAAGGUCUCCGCCAUUUGUUGUUGUUCUCCGAUGAGCUUGGAUUGAAAGUCGCAGCUGGAGCUUUGUAUAGCUUAACUGAAAUUCAAAUUGCCACAAAUAACUUCUCUGUGGAUAACAAAAUUGGCGAAGGUGGAUUUGGUCUCUGCAUGAAAUAUUUUGCUUUUGGUGUACUUGGUAAUGGACAAGAAGUAGCUGUUAAAAGGCUGUCAAGGAGCUCAGUGCAAGGUGCAGAAGAAUUUAAAAAUGAAAUUGUAGUAGUUGCAAAGCUUCAACACAGAAAUCUAGUUCGGCUAUUGGGAUUUUGCCUGGAAGGAGAAGAAAAGAUACUCAUCUAUGAAUUUGUUGCCAACAAAAGCCUUGACUACUUUCUCUUUGAUCCAGAAAAUAAACGAUCAUUGAACUGGCCAAGACGUUACAAUAUCAUUGGAGGUAUAGCAAAAGGACUCCUUUAUCUACAUGAGGAUUCUCGUCUAAGAAUUGUUCAUCGCGAUCUCAAAGUAAGUAAUAUAUUAUUGGAUGGAAAUAUGAGCCCAAAGAUAGCAGAUUUUGGCAUGGCAAAGAUUUGUGGAGUUGAUCAAUAUGAAGGAAACACGAAUAGAAUUGCUGGGACAGUUGGUUAUAUGGCUCCUGAAUACACAAGGUGGGGUCAGUUCUCACUAAAAUCAGACGUAUUUAGUUUUGGGGUUGUAAUUUUGGAAAUUGUCACGGGCAAGAAGAGCAGUGACUUCCAUCAAUCUAGAGAUUCCGAAGACCUUCUAAGCUAUGCUUGGAACCAUUGGAGACGCGGCCAAACUUUAGCUCUUUUGUAUUCAAGCAUUGGAGAUUCUUAUGCCAGAAAUGAAGUCAUUCAAUGCAUCCAAGUUGGCUUACUAUGUGUUGAAGAAGAUGCCAGUAAAAGACCCACAAUGGCUUCCGUGGUCUCCAUGCUCAAUCCUAGUUCUGUUUCCCUACCAACUCCACAUCGUCCGGCAGUUUUCCGGAGCAAUGGAUCGGAGAGCAGGAUCGGGUAGACGAGCUGAAAGUUGAUCAAUCCAACACUCAAAGAAUUUCAGCUCCAAGCUCUGUCAAUGAGGCAUCAAUUACUGAACCAUAUCCCAGAUGAAGGAAGAAAUAGGCCAAUUCUGGAAGUAAAUAUCAAGUUCAUCAUCAGCAUUAUGUUGUAGAUUUUGAAGCAUGAUUCAUUUACCAGGCAGGUAUCUAAAUUUGCCCACUAUUGUUGGAAAUUAGGGGAUCGUUUCAAUGUUUGCUUCUUCACACUAAUUGACUUCUUCCACCUUAGGGGAAUAAGGAUGUGCUUGAAAGAAAAUGCAAGUUGUUGUCGCUCUUUAGAUAUUUUUUAAAAAUGGAAGAGCAAUUUUAUUUAUGAACAUUAAUCCCCAGCUGAUCGAACAAACAAUGUGUCUUGAACUUUUAUCAUUUGUACAUAGCAAAGUUGGCUUCCAAACUGAGUCUAUCAAUCAUAUCAUAGUACCUACGAAUUAUGAAGGAUAGCCCA